AUGAACGACAGGCUCAUCUCUAACUUCGAAACAAAUCGAAUCUCUAAGGAAGAGUUUGCAUCAAGGAGUUGUCUUGUCUUUGGUGAAGCCAGACGGUACCAUCUCUCAAGUACCGCAUCAGGAGGCGACAGCUGCAGACAGGCUACUGCACUACUUGCCCGAUUGCAAUCCGACCCAACAAAAUCGUCCGUUGUCCUAUUUGCCUCAUAUGAAUCCGGCCUUCUUCGAAUCAGACAAUCACAUAGGGGAGCCACACCUCAGAACAUUGAUCCUGAAUCACUAACAGAUGAAUCGGACAGUGCUGAAUCCUUUGCGAACAAAGUAAGAGACGCUCUAUCCAUCACAGGUUCUGGAAUGAUUUUGCUUGCACUUGCCUGGACGGGUGAAAGUUCCCAGAGAUUGUUCCAAAUGUAUCCCGAGUUCAAGUCUGGUGAUAGCACCUACAAAACAAACUCCGAAAAGAGGGAAUUGCACAUGAUGUUCCAACAACAGACCGGUGUUGGCAAACCAUUCUCAAAUGCUGUAGUUCAGCUUUGUAAUUGGCACAAGCUGAACAGAAAUCUUACCAAAUCAUCCAAAUUCAAAUCCAUCAUUGCACAAUUGACAGAGACUGACGAUGUGAUUGAGUGGGAGAUGAUCGUGUCUUGGCUAUGGAAAUUUGCCCGAUAUCAGACAAGAGAAGAAGCGGAUUUGUCUCAGCAGAUGCUCAUGCAUUACCUUGACGAAGACGAGGAUCUCCACAGAGGAAGAUUGGGGGGAGAACUGAUAGAAAAGCUGAAGGUUUUCCUGGUAGAGUCUUUCUUCCUAAAAAAGGACUUAUUUUUCAGUUACCACCUACAAACUAAAGCACAUUUUGGGCAAAUCACAAGUACGAUAAGUGAAGUCGAGAAUGCUGCAAUGAAAGGGGAUUCAAUGGGUCCGAAGCCUUACCAUGACAUCGACUUGUCACAGCAAAGUAUCGAGAAACGUGAAGCAAGAAGAAACCGUGAAAAGGAAAUGGCGGCUGCCCAUGAAGAAAACGAAAAUAUGUGA